AUGCCAUUGACAAAAGAAUCGGCAGCCGUGGAAAAGAGAAAGCUUGAUGAAGCGUCCAGUCUCGUUUCCCGUUUACAGAAUAGACUUGUAGAAGGCGUGGGGAGUCGCACUGAGGCAGAGGCCAUUCGUCAGAAGAUUGUUUCUCUUGGCGGGACUGUCUCCCAAGAUGUCAUGAACAAUGCAGUCAAGGCAGUUGCUGUGUCGCGAACUUCUCAAAACCGGAUCGGCAGUCUGAUGGCUCAAACUAGCGAGCAAGCUAAAGACUUGGGAUGCAGUUCUGAGUACACCCCUUCCAAGGCUGUCCCCGAUACAUGGGAAGCACUGACACGCGAUAGGCUCAAAAUAAUUCAUUCAGAGGAGGAAGAAGUUAAAGCUGUUCAGUCCCAGAAAGAAAAGGACCUCAAGGAGGCACAGAGAAGAGAUAUGAUAGCAAAACGGAAGGAGCGAGAGCUUGAGGAGAAGCUUGAGAAAAUGGAGCCUUCGUUUGCUUUGAGAAACACGGCGUGGGAUAACUUUGGACGCAGAGAUCAAACUUUGGCAAAAGAACGCAACAAUCAGGCAGCCAAGGCAGAGCUGGCCAAGGAACUCAAGAGUGCAGCCAUCAAGGAGCAAGAACAGCGCCGACAGCAGCGAAAGGACUACAGACAGCAGGGCCUCUAUGACUCUGAUGCUCUUCCACAUGACCGUAUUGAUCCCGCAACGGGCAAACCUCUACAUACUGCUCUACCUGAUAAGUAUUUAGAGAGGAUGAAACAGGAAGCGUGCAAGGAGCACGAUUGGGUGCCCGACAUUCCAUCUAGGACUGAAACCUUACAGCGUGCAAUGUUAGGGCUCAACCAGCCAACAGACAUUCAGGCAUCGGGGGUUGGCAACUCAAUAUCGUCAGGCGCUAUGCAGUCGCGAGCAGGUUUCAAACAUACAACCAAAGUACAAGCCUAUCAGGAGCGCGCGAGGGCAGAGAAAGAAGAACUCAAGAACAUGUCGAAAGUAUACAAGACUCAAGAGAUACAGAAUCAGAACCUAUUCAGCAAGGCAAACUCGACUGCAAACAUCGCCAGGCACGAUGCCAUGGUUGCCGAAGUGCAUACAAAGAAAAUCCAGGACGAGCUGGAACUACGUCAGCGCCGAGAAGGUGGUAUGGAGCUGCCUACAGCAGACGAAGUUGCUCACUCAAAGAAGGGCGCUUUUACAUCUACUAAACCAGUCGAAUAUUCUCCUGAAGAUGAAAGGAUCCCUUAUAACGCAAAGGGCGCCUCCUACAUAGAUCAGUUUGGCAUUGAGGACGAAGCUAGGAUGCGUCGCGACCGCAAGCACGUCGCACCCUUAACAGAGGAAGAGAAACGAAAGCUGGAGAAGGAGUUCUAUUACAAGAGGAAUCCCCACAAGCGGCCUCUGAGCCCCACCGUUGCUGCGAUUAUUGAGAAUGAAAAAGCGCUGUCGGCAAAUAAGGCUACACGCAAUCCAGUGAAGGCUGCGCCUAACCUCGAUGUUCCUCUUCAGAGAAAAGAAGACUUUGAAAGGCUCAAUUCCGAAGAGAUGAAGAUCAAUGCACUCCCUUGCUACAUAAAGCCCCUCAUCUAG